AUGUGUCAGUGUGCACCUGUGUUCCUGAGACGCUCUUCGGCAGCCCUGCUGGAUCUACAAUGGCCAAUGCUGAUCAGGUUUGAGGCCAUCCACCACGAGCUGAACAAGGCCACGGCCCAGAACAAGGACCUGCAGUGGGAGAUGGAGCUGCUGCAGUCGGAGCUGACGGAGCUGAGGACUAUGCAGGUGAAAACCGAGAAGGAGUCGGAGAAGUACAAAGAAGAGCGCGAUGCCGUGUACAGCGAGUACAAGCUCAUCAUGAGCGAGCGCGACCAGGUCAUCUCCGAGCUGGACAAGCUGCAGACCGAGGUGGAGCUGGCCGAGUCCAAGCUCAAGAGCAGCACGUGUGAGAAGAAGGCGGCCAGCGAGGGGGUGGAGGCGCUGCGGCAGGACACAAUUGGAGACACUGGUUAUUUUACCAAAGCUUUAACUGGAAUGUCGUAUAUGACCAGACUCCUGCUUUAAGAAUUUGAGGCUGACAUUUUUACAGAGCCAAUAAAAAGCUCCUUGGAAAAACUGGCCUGAUAACUUGUCUACGUGAUUGCAAGGUUCCUGGCCUUGAGGUAGGUACAGAAUAUAACUUCCUGACAGGCACGAACCUUGAUAUUUUGGAGACCU